CGGCGCCGGAAGAGAAGCGGGUCUCUUCGGGGCCGGCCAUCUUGUGCGGCAGCGAGCAGGGCGCGGGGGUCCGGCAGCAUCGGAGCAGGAUCCCGCCGACGGGGGCCCAUCAUGCCCGGACACCUGCAGGAGGGCUUCGGCUGCGUCGUCACCAACCGCUUCGACCAGCUCUUUGAUGACGAGUCCGACCCCUUCGAGGUGCUGCGGGCGGCCGAGACCCGGAGGAAAGAGAGCGGCGGCGGCGGCGGGAGCCAGGGGGGCGGCGGGGCCCGCGGCGGCCCGGCAGGCGCUCAGACCAACUCCUCCGGCGGGGCCGGCGGCGGCGGCCCGGGCCAGGCGGGCGCCGGCGGCGGCGUCGGCAGCGCGGCCAAGCAGCUGCGCAGGGAGUCCCAGAAGGAGCGCAAGAACCCGCUGCCCCCCUUCGCCGCCUCCGCCGGGGGCGCCGGCGACCGCCGGGAGGAGGGCAGCGGCCAGCCCGGCGCGCCGCUGCGGAAGGAGGGGAUAAGGCGUAUUGGCAGGAGGCCUGAUCAGCAGCAGCAGCAGCAACAGCAGGGUGAAGGCAAGCCCAUUGACAGGAGACCGGAGAGACGACCUCCUCGUGAGCGCCGCUUCGAUAAACCUGCUGAUGAGAAAGGCGAAGGAGGAGAGUUUUCCGUUGAUAAGCCCAUUCUUGACCGACCUAUGCGUGGACGUGGUGGACUUGGAAGAGGACGUGGUCGCGGCCGUGGAAUGGGUAGAGGAGAUGGGUUUGACUCUCGUGGCAAACGUGAAUUUGACAGACAUAGUGGCAGCGAUAGAUCUUCUGUUUCACAUUCACAUUUCAGCGGCCUAAAGCAUGAGGACAAGCGUGGUGGCAGUGGAUCACACAACUGGGGAACCGUCAAAGACGAGCUAACUGAAUUGGAUCAGUCAGCUGUAACUGAGGAAACGCCAGAGGGAGAGGAACAUCCGCCUGCUGAUUCUGAAAAUAAAGAGAAUGAGGUUGAAGAAGUUAAGGAAGAAGGUCCUAAGGAAAUGACCCUGGACGAGUGGAAAGCUAUUCAAAGUAAGGAUCGUGCAAAAGUUGAGUUCAACAUCCGUAAACCAAAUGAGGGUGCUGAUGGGCAAUGGAAAAAAGGAUUUGUUCUUCACAAGUCAAAGAGCGAGGAGACAAAGGCGAUGACAGAAAUGCAAGGGAGUCUGCUGGAGUCAAAUGAGGCUCAUGCUGAGGACUCUGUAAUGGAUCAUCACUUCCGCAAGCCAGCAAAUGAUAUUACAUCCCAGCUGGAGAUCAACUUUGGAGACCUCGGCCGCCCCGGACGUGGUGGCAGAGGGGGACGGGGUGGCCGAGGGCGUGGUGGCAGGGCCAGCCGUGGAGGCAGAACUGACAAGUUGGUUAAGGAGUUUGACGUGAUCCACACACCCAACCAGUCAAGUGCUUCUGCUCCUGAUGUAGAUGACCCAGAGGCUUUCCCAGCUCUGUCCUAAACUGGAUGUCAUAAGCCAACCCUGCCCUCGUCGGGCCUUCCUCUCCGAGGCUUGCAUGCUUAAGGAUCCUAAACAACUAAGAAAUUUAAAAAAAAAAAAAAGACUGUCAUUCAUACCAUUCACACCUAAAGACUGAAUUUUAUCUGUUUUGAAAAUGAACUUCUCUCGCUACACAGAAGCAACAAUAUGGUAGUCAGUUUUGUAUUUAGAAAUGUAAUGGUAGCAGGGAUGUUUUCAUAAUUUUUUCAGAGAUUAUGCAUUCUUCAUGGAUACUUUUUUGUAUUGCUGCUUGAAAAUAUGCGUUUCCAAACUUGAAAUAUAGGUGUGAACAGUGUGUACCAGUUAAAAGCUUUCACUUCAUUUGUGGGUUUUUUUUUUUAAUUCAGGAUUUUAAACAUUUUCCCUGAACUACAAACUGGGUUUUAAUUAUUGCACACUAUUUCCGUUUCCUUAAUUCCUGUUUAGCAGAUUUUUAUCAGCCCAUGGUCUUUUGGAAUAUGUGAAAUUUUAAUUUGGCAGACUGUUAGUGCUGUAUGGAAUACUAACUCCUGGAGUACUUUAGUUUUAAUGCCUAAUUUCAGACUUGGAAAAACAGUCAUUUUUCAUCUAUGUUUGGUAGUUUGUUUACGCAAAAUCUUUAUACAAAAUUGAUACCAGAUACUUGAAGAAAGAUUCAAAGCACAUUGGUUUAUAGUUAAAAUACCUGUGUAUUGAUCCAGAAAUGAUGUGUGGAUAAUUGGUCUAAACAGUUUUUUAAAAUUAAUGUAUUACACCUUUCACUCA